GCUGAAAGCUGCUACUGCCAGCACCUCAUGCACAUUUUGCCAUGGAAGGCUUGGCUGGUGCUCUUGGUGGCUGGUGCAGCUCAAGGUGCAGAACGCAUAGCAAGUGCUGAAGAAAUCAGCUCAGCUGAUCCACUGGAGGAUGUCGCUGAUGUGCCCCCCACUGUGGCUACGGAACCUUCAGAGCAUGUGCUGCACCUAGAGAAUUCUGAGGUCAGCGGUGGAUCUUGUAGUCUAAGCUCAGCAGAAUGCCAAUUGCAGAGCGGGCCGCAAGACAUACAGACCUUGCAUUUGGAUGAGGCUGAAAUCACUGCACCUGACCUGCCUGCGGCUCCUCCACCCUUGCCACCACCUUUGCCCCCACCGUUGCCCCCAAGACCGCCAGCCCCUGCUCCAAUUCAGGCUCCGGCCUUUCCUUUGCCAUUCAGGUCUGCCAAGCACAGUGAAAUGUCUAUGAAAGCUGAUUCUGAGAGCUAUGGCUUUAAUGAUCGUCAAGCCUGGCUUUCAAUUGGCCAGAGGACGGAAAGCGAAGCAGAGAAACAGAUGCGACUUGCCAUGGAAGACGAGGUGAAGAUGGAAGCGCAACACUUUGCUGAAGUUCUGGAACAUCAGAAGCAGUCUAUCCAUCACGAUGCCUGGGCAUACUACGAAGGAGACCUGAUGCGGCUGAAGCACCACAAGCUCGUAGGUUUGAAGAGCUCGCUCAUCGUCAUGUGCUUCUCACCUUUGUUUGCGCGGGCUGACGCUGCUUCAGGGGGUGGGUGUCGAGCAGCCUGGCUGAAAGAGUGGAAAUCUGAUAGACCUGAGGCCGUCGAAGAUGGCUCCGAGUCAACUUCCAAGCUCCUUCCACCGCUUCCGUGGGGUCAAUCAUUUCCUUUCCUUGAGCAGGCUUCAGUGGGCAAUCACUUGGAGCUGGCUCGGAUGGGAGAUGAUCGCUUUAUAGUCUGUUUUGAGACGACCCCCACCAUGCAAGUCUCCUGUCGCAUGGGUUCGGUGGCCAAUGAUACGGCUGUUAUCAGCUAUGGAGCACUGCUGGAGGAUUCUCCAGCUCGUUUAGUUUCAGUCUCUCCAGGUCAAGGGUCUCAAUUCGCUGUUUGCUCGCAAAGUUUGUCCUCCGAAAAUUCGAGGAUCUCAUGUCGCUGGGGGCAAGUUUUGGCACCUGUGGAAGGUGUCUCUAUAGGUGCAACUGAGAUUCAGUGGGCAGCCGCGACACCGUUGAGCUUUGCAUUUGAUGAUAGAAGAUGAUUCACAAAAGAUUGCAGC